AUGAGCAACGCGCUGGUGUACCCGCCCCAGCAACCUAUCCGAGAGGAUGCCUCUGCUGUUAAGAGUCCUCUAAGCGCUUUGAUUGAUUUCUCAAACGAUGACGAAGUCGGAGAGAGCUAUGCGCCUGAGCCCUUGACCUGGUCCUCGGCCUUUGAGACGCAACAGCACCUGCUCACUGCGUUGCGGGUGAUGCAAGACGAGUAUUUCGUACUAUGGAUGGGCACAUGGCCGACCAGCAUCGAUUGGACCGCCGCUGUCUUGGGAACGCAUGUCGCCGCGACACUAUCUUCCUUUACCUCCAGCCCAUUUGGACUCGACAAGGGAGACCAAUCACACGAGGCAUCUUUUGCUGCGUUUGAGAACACUGUCAAUUACUUCUUCAGUCAUACUACAACCUUCUACUUUGGCGAGGAUGCUUUCAGUCUCAGGAAUCAGGCCUACGACGAUAUGCUUUGGGUCGUGUUGGACUGGCUGGAGAACAUCAAGUUUCAAGACCUGCACUCGGAUCUGCAUUAUGCUUCUGCCAACUCGUCCAACAAGACCUCGGGCGAAGGAUGGUACGGCACGCAGUUCCGUAACUCGGCUGCACACCGAGCACGCAUCUUCUGGGAGCUCGCCUCGGCUGGGUGGGACAAGACUCUCUGCAACGGCGGGAUGAUUUGGAACCCGACUCUGGUUCCGUACAAAAACGCCAUCACAAACGAGCUGUACAUCUCCGCGAGCAUUGCGAUGUACCUGUAUUUCCCAGGUGACCCCAUUGACGCGCCGUUCGUCUCCAAUUCGGCAGGCACUGCACCCAAGAAGGAGAAACCGCACAACACGACGCAUUUGAAGGCAGCCGUUGAUGCAUAUGCAUGGCUAAAGAACUCGAACAUGACUGGUAUUUACGGACUCUACGCCGACGGCUUUCAUAUCAGCGGCUGGCAAGGGUCCUCGAACCCUGGAUCGCGCAAAUGCGAUGUGCUCAACAAGAUGAUCUUCACCUACAACCAGGGAGUCGUUCUCAGCGGGCUGAGAGGACUCUGGCUAGCCAUUGGCUCACAGGCCUACCUAGACGACGGUCAUGAACUGAUCGGAAGGAUCCUGCGCGCCACGGGAUGGCCGCAGGUCUCGUCGAACAAGUGGACCGGCCUGGGACGUGGCGGAGUGAUGGAAGACACAUGCGAUUCCCACGCGAGCUGCUCGCAGGAUGGACAAACCUUCAAGGGCAUCUUUUUCCACCACCUGACGGAAUUUUGUCGGCCGUUGCAGCCGCAGGAGGAGUCGUUCCUCGGCGGCGAAAAAGCGCCAGAUGUUGUCGGUGACUGGGAUGAAGUGUACAGUCAGCAUCUCAAGAGAUGCCAUGCCUAUGGGCCUUGGAUCAAGCACAAUGCGCAGGCGGCGCUUAUUACCCGUGACGACAAGGGCAAGUUCGGCAUGUGGUGGGGACUUCCUUUCAACCGGGCACCGGUCUCGGAUGAGAUUGUGAAUAGCAGCACUCUCCCUGAUGGUGCUGUCGACUAUAUUAACGAUGAGCCCACUGUGGAUGUGGAUGUUGACGCCUCGGGCCCAGUUGUGCCCCGGGAUUUCAAUGACCGUGGGCGUGGCCGUACCGUCGAGACGCAGUCUGGCGGUGUUGCCGUGCUGAGAGCUCUGCUGCAGUGGCAAACCUAUGAUGAACUCUUAUGA